CUACGAAAAAGAGAAAACUCCCAUAUUGCGAGGUGGGAGAACUAGUGAUUUCCCUCUCUUCUCUGAAACAGAAGAAAAAGGAAAAAAGACACAAGAAAUUCGUCGUGGUUGCUUACACCCAACCAUGCCGCUUCGUCAUCAACCUCCACACCUUGUCCAAAAAAAAAGUCCACAUCGCCGUCUCCAAAUUCCCCAAUUCCAGAGGAGGCGAACCAACCCUGGAUCGGAUCCCGACUCCGACUGCUGGGCGGAACAAUGGCAACGCAGUCGGAGCCGGCACCAACCCGUCGUCCUCCUCCGCCCUCAACCACGGAUUUAUUUCCGUGUCCACCUUCUCCUGCGUCCGCCGUCGAUUUUGUUUUUUCGCCGGCUUGUCUGACACUUCCGACGACGACAUGGAUAGUGCGGAAGAUCGACCCUCCUUGGUUGCGGAGGAGGAGGACAAGCAGCCUGUUCCCUACAGCGACGCUCCGUCUCCGGUGCGCGCCGUGCUCAACCGUCUGUGGCCAUCCCCUUCCUGAUCCCGCCGGACAGUCCGCCCGGCAAGUACCGCACACUCGUGGCCACCGCCAAGGACAUCGGGGAGCCGAUCUCGCCGGAGGAGAUAGCCGCGCUGGAGGACAAGGAGAGCGACAACGCAAACGCACGGUUCUACAAGGCAAUGGCUCGGACCGAUGUCUUUAUGAGGAACUACAUCCAUGAACACGGCAGCCUGUACAUGGAUGAGAACGACGGGUGCAUGUUCGACAACUCAGCCCAAGUUGACGAAAUACGUUGCAAGAGUGUCACAGCAGAAGAAAUGGAAGCCAAGAUAAUGAAGCGAGAGGUGACCAGGCAAGAAACAUUUUUGUCAGAACUGGCCUUAGCGAGUUUCAACAAGAGGAGAAAGGUAAAGUUUGAAUUAUGUGAGACAUUGCUUUCCAAUUCUUUCUGGCAGAACAGAGAUUCGUUUGUGCACCUCAAUUUCGUCGCGAAGCGCAAGGAUAAGAAGACACUCUUUUUCGCCGAGAUAGAGGACUGCGGACAGGUCGGCAAAGAGAUCCUGCAAGUACGCUGUUGUGUUCCCCUGGAUUCAUUAUGUGAAGGUGGUUAUCAUUACUACUGUGUUGAUCCUCCUGGACAUGGCUAUAGGAAAAGUCUUGACUUCACGAGGUGCUACGCCUGCACUGAGUUCUUGAAACACCCCGCAGAUGGCUCGACGUACUCAGGAGGCCAUGACCUUCGGAAGAGAACGUAUCUAUAGUUUAGAAGGUGUUUCAUUUAUCAGCGGUGGAGCGCCCUCAUGGAGGGCACGAGAGUAUGAUCCUUAGAGAAUAGGCACAAGUGGCGUCCGGCUUUAAACUAAAGCCAACCAAGAGGCCACAAAAAGUCAUACAAGAUUUAAAAUUACAAGCAAAAGGAAAAAAAGUAACUGAAAUAGUAAGAACUGCUGUACAGCGAAAGUCCUCUUCUUAGAGAGAGAGAGAAAGAGAGAGAGAGAG